UCUACUUAUAGAUGGUUUUGAACUUUGAAAUAGUACUAUUCAUUUCAACACCACCUCUCUCUUUCUCCUUGUUAUUUCAAUGUGGUUUUGAUAAGGUUAUGGCAUGUUUAGAAAUGUACAACUCCGAUCAUAAAGCCCACCACCACCACCACCUUCUUCAUCAUCAUAACUACCCACCACCAGUGAGCCCAAGAAUCUCAUUCUCCAAUGACUUUGCCGAUUCACAUCAACUCAUUAACCAACACCACCUUCGACCUACUCCUCCGCCAUCGUCGGACUUCGAAUUCUCGGUCACCGACCACUCCAUGAUGAGCGGCGCCGACGAGCUUUUCUUUAAAGGAAGACUCUUGCCCUUUAAACAAACAACCCCAUCUUCUUCUCACAGACCCACCACCACUCUUAGAGAUGAGCUUCUUGCCGGAGAUGAAGAUCGUGACGUCACUCUCCGACCCUCUAAGGGUAGUACUGGGUCGACCAGGUGGAAAUCCUUUUUGGGCCUUAAGAAGGCCCACAAUGGGCCCAACUCAAAGAAGCACUCUGAAGCUUCUUCUUCUUCUGCUUCUCUUUCCAAUCUUAGCAAGACCUCUUCACAGGAUUUAUUGAAUAUUAAUGAAGGAGGGUCUACAUGCCAAGAUGUUGAGAUUGGAAUAUAGCAGCAUUGGUUCUUUGGGGGGUGAUAAUAUAUAAUUAUAUUUAUAUAUAUUUUUUAAUUAAGUCUUUUUUUUUUGGAGUGGAGGACUGUUUUUCUUUUCAUUUUUUAUUUGAAGAGGAAGUUUAAGGUUGAUUUCUUAGGGGGGGUUUGGUCUUAGUAAAAGUUAAUUAUUAAUUUCAUCUUUGUAUUGGUGUUUUUGGCUGUUCACUGUACAAAUAUGUUUGCAGUUUGAAGAACUCUCUUUUUUUCUUUUAUUAAUUAUUAGUAUUAAAUCAUUUUUCUUCUUCUU